AUGUCUCAGCAAUCUGGAACCUUGCAAAAAGUUUUGGCCAUCACCAGUGUUACAGCCGUCGCGGCAUUGGCCGGUUACGCUGUUUACUUUGACCAUCAAAGAAGAAACAACCCAGGCUUUCGCAAGAGUUUGAAGCGCAAGCUCAAGAAACAUGCGGAAGAAGAAAAGCAAGAGAAGGAAAGAGCCAAACAGCAGAAACUAGCACAAGUCGGGGAAUAUCUGAGCGCAGAAUUGGCCAAAGACCCGGUAUCCACGGACCCAGCGCAGAGAGAGACCGUUUUCACGUCAAAUGUGGAAAUGGGUGAGAAACUGGCCAGCGUGCCAGGAAACGAGCUGGAGGCCGCUUCCAAGUUCUACAAGGCUUUGAGUGUGUACCCCAACCCUGCAGACUUGCUGGGGAUCUACCAAAGAAGCGUUCCAGAAGCGGUGUAUGAGUACAUCGUGUUGAUGAUCGCUAUCAUGCCACCAGUGAAUGUGUCGACUUUUCUAAGCGGUAGCGCCCAGGGAGGUCCUGCUGCAAUGGCCCAGGCCGUCUCGGGCGACGCAGAAGGUAAGGUGGGUGAGAUUGAUGAAUAG